AUGAAGGGGGAAUCUGCUCCAGACUUGCAUUGUUGCCAGAAGGCUCAUCCUCUAGGGCAGACAGGGGGCUCCCUGUCCUCCAGCCUGGACUUCCAGCUCUGCCAAAGUGACGAGGUCUUCUCAGCUUGCAGGCCACUCUCUGACACAGUGGACUCCCGUGGCUCAUCCUGGGCCAGCUGGUUGCGCCCCUUGCCACCGGCACCAGACCCCCAGGGCCUGGACCUGUACCUGUGGACCCUGCAGCUGACAUCGCUGAGCACAGCCCCACAGAGUCUCAGAAGUGAUGUCUUGAGCACAAAGCACCAGCCGCCAGGGCUGCAGGCCGGCUCCACUGAUGAUGAGAAACUCACGACCAAGUACUUUGCAAGCAGGGACAAGAGGGGAGGCCAGCAGGAAAGAGCUGGCGAGGGGGCCCUCUGCCCAUCCCUCUCGCCUCACACCAGCUCUUCCCCAGUCCCCUGGCAGAACAGGAAGAGCCCCAGGCCCUUGGCCAUCUGCUCCUGCCCACUGCCUAUUCCCAUCUCUGAAGAACUCCCAUUCUGCCUCUACCCCUUCUAUCCCGGGUAUCCACUUCUGCCUCCACCUCACCUGUUCACCUAUGGGGCCCUACCUUCUGUCCAAUGUCCCCCCCUCUUCAUGCUGCCCCCAGACCCCUCCUAUGCCACCAACUUGCCGAUGAGUGUCAAUGAGGCUGGGCACCCCGCUGCCCAGAGGGAGACCCUGUAUUCUUACCCAGGGGCCUCCCAAGCCUCUGGCCAAAGCCAACCUUCCCUGGCCUGGGAUCAAGGUCCUGGAACUGCCAGGACUCUCUCCCCCGGGCCAAAGCUCGUGGGCAGGGCGGCUCCAGCAAAGCGGGCACCCACAGGCUCCCGGCCAGGCACCACAGCUCUGCCUUACCCGCUGAAGAAAGAGAAUGGCAAAAUCCUGUACGAGUGCAACGUGUGCAGCAAGAACUUCGGGCAACUCUCCAACCUCAAGGUCCAUCUGCGAGUGCACAGUGGGGAGCGCCCUUUCCAAUGUGGCCUGUGCCAGAAGAGCUUCACCCAGCUCGCCCACCUGCAGAAGCACCACUUGGUGCAUACGGGGGAGCGGCCCCAUGAAUGCCUGAUGUGCCACAAACGCUUCAGCAACUCUAGCAACCUCAAGACCCACCUGCGCCUGCACUCUGGGGCCCGGCCCUUCCGGUGCAGUGUCUGUCCCCAGCGCUUCACCCAGCACGUUCACCUGAAGCUGCACCACCGCCUGCACGUGCCACAGCCUCACAGCCUAGCUCACGCCCACCUGUCCCUGGCGUCUCUUGCCUGCCUUGCCCGAUGGCACUAGGAAGCCCUAGAUCUCGUGGCGCUGCCAUCAGAGAGGCAGACGGGCUGGGAUCUGGAAAAGGUCAAGGCGUCCUUGGCCUGGGGGAAAGUGCGGGCAGCCAGCCUGAGCCCUGGUGCCAGGACUGCCCUGGGGAGGGGACAGGAGCAGAACAAUUAA